GUUUACGUUUAGUGCUUGUUGAAUUGUUGUUUCGUAUACUUUAUCAAUAUUAUAUCAAGACCGCGUUGUUCAACAUUCAGCGUUGUUGUGUGUUGUUCGCGUUGACCUUAAGAAAGUGCAUAAUAAGUUUCAAAUAAGAUCAGAUAUCAAGGGUUUUCCAGUAUACCUAGUAGGUAUACAGCCAGUAAACACAGUGUUUAGUGGGGGAGCAGCAGGUAGUCGUCUCAAGGACGCUACAGCCUCCCGCGAGUGGUCCAACAAUGAUCACAAGGCGCUCAGGGGCCGGCAGCAUUUAGCCGCCGCCGACGACCUAUAUCGCACGUUCCGUACUCCUCCGCAAUAUAAACAAUGCAGUCCGCGACGACCGACACUCACCACCUGUUAUAACCGUAUUUAUUUAUUAAAAUCACAGCCUCGAGUUUUGUUUAAACAAUGUGGCCUCAGAUUUUUCUAUUCGCAUUCGUAAAUGCGGCGGUGGGUGUUUCUGCUGCCGGAGAUUUUAACGAUGAUCAGCAAAAAGUUUUUCGGAAAUGUUGCCUCGGAAGCCAAAGUCUUAUUAGAGUGAACGAAUCAAGUGCAGGAUAUGAAUGUGUCAAUAGUAAGUCUUUAGAAAAACGUUACCGAAUUUCCAGUGAACCUCUUUACGUGGGUAAAAGUGUAGUGAUCAGACAUGGUUUUCCAAUUGAGUGUGAUGAACUCGAAGUUUUGCAAAUCCGCGUUGCCGAAACUGAACUACAGCCGUGGGAAAAUGUCUGCUAUGACAAGCUAGUUGCUGAGAUUGUAAACGGCAGCCUAAAAUCGAACAUUCCCAAAACAGUAGCAUUAACUUGUAAUCGUAAUGAGGAGAAGAGCGUAUCUGAUUUUAAAUUAAAAAUAAAUCAAAUACGAAAAUGUUGUCCACGAGGACAAAGUUUUGAUACAGAAUAUCAUGAAUGUAAAGUGAAUAUUCAGCGAACCGAUAAAGAUUGGUUGGCAGACAAAUUGGAUUCCAAUAUAGGUGAUAUUUAUGACGUAGAGUAUGGACUCUCCUGUAAAAUGGACGAAUAUUCUGUGGAACUAUAUGAAGAUGCCUUCUUAUUGACAGAAGAAAGAAGUAAUUUAUUGGUAUCAAAUAAGAAUGGAGAAAAAAGCAGCACACUAAUGCCGGGGGAGUGGUGUAUGGAAGCAGAGUAUGGAGGAAAUAAGCGUUUGGCGCAAGUUUGUACGCGCAAUUGUAAUAAAUUCAAUGCUUAUUGUUUAAGAAAAUGCUGCCCACCCGGACAGCACUAUAAAAUUCGUCAUUGUGGCACCCUCGCUAGUUACUGUGUACCCAAUGAAGAUAUAAAAGGCUCAUUUAACAUUUCCUCGUAUUUGGAUCCUCUACGAGAAUACAACAAAAACCUACUGGAUGUAAUGGGCAUACGCAUCGAUUUGCAGUGCCCCGCUGGAAAAUUCGCCUUGAACCGAUCGAGAGCUGAAGAUCAGCAUUGGUUAACCAGAGAUGCUUACCUGGAGACACCAGCCUCUCUCACGAAAGAUUACUGCCUGGAGGUAUUUGAUCGACGGGAGUGCCCCUAUAAUGACGUCAUCGUCAGCGGCUUACUCUGUUUCGAGCCCCAAAAGGCUACAAAGGAUUUCCGCAUUUCAUUCGUAGUUAUUACAAUUUCGUGUGUCUGCCUGGCGCUAACAUUGAUCGUCUAUUGCUCUUUGUCUGAGUUGAGGAACCUGCAUGGAAGAACCUUAAUAUGCCACGUAAGCAUGAUGCUGCUAGCUUGCGGUUGUCUAGCAAGAGUACAGCACAAUAGCAUUCCGGACAGGCACAUCUGUACAUUGUUUGGGUACGGCAUAUACUUCGGCUUUGUGGCGGCAUUUGCUUGGCUCAACGUCAUGUGCUUCGACAUCUGGUGGACAUUUGGGAGUAUCCGUACGGUGAAACCUCUUCGCAAGUCCGGUUCAGACAGGCGGAGGUUUAUUUGGUACUCAGUUUAUGCCUGGAGUGUUACUGUGGUACUUACUCUAACAAUGUUCCUUUUGGACCGGUAUCCUGUAUCCCCAAUAUUGGAUGCCAACAUGGGAGUCGACGCCUGCUGGUUUGGAUCUCAGCAAAAUGGGAAAUUGGAUUGGCCGCAUUAUAUCUUCUUUGUCAUACCGAUGGGCAUAGUUUCGUGCACUAAUUUCAUACUGUGGCUGCUCACGGCUCGGCACUGUGCCCAAGUGAAGUCCGAGGUCCAUCGUUUGCAGGCUGGCUCAGUUGGUGAUCGUGCGAAGAAAACAUUCAGAAUAGACAGAGCAAAGUAUAUUCUUACCGGAAAGCUUUGGGUGGUAAUGGGCGCUGGAUGGGUGUCGGAACUUCUCUCCACCGUAGUGACGGAACCUCUAUGGCUUUGGAAUAUCGUCGACCUCAUGAAUGAGCUGCAAGGAGUUUUUAUAUUCCUCAUACUUGUGGUCAAGCCGAAGGUGUACACUCUUAUUAAAAAGCGGCUUGGUUUAUCACCGACUCCGAUUGAUACAAGGUUGGAAAAGCCGGACGCGCGAAAUAAUGCAACUUCAUCGGGUCGGACCUCUUCUACAUUCCUGUCAAGGACAAUCAGCUCUGAUGAACGCGCUAACCUACGGACUUCUUUACCUAAUAACAUCAAGCAACCUUAGUCUAAAAUAUACUGUGUAAUAAGCGCUCUAUUCAUGACAUUUGCACCAUAUUUGCACAGGAAAUAUUUGCUGAUCUUAAUAAGUAUAUACCUAUAGUGGGUAUAUUUAAUUAAUUUACCUUUUAAUCUAGAUAAUUGUUACUGAUUUUGUAAGAAAUCUGAUGCACUUUGAUUCUUGUGGCAUUUGGCAAACAUUCAUAUUUGGCUGGUCCCCAUUCAGCGCGACAGCCUUUACGGGCUUUGCUUUGCACGACCGGUAGUCGAUGUUAGAUUCAUGAGCCUCGACCACGACAAGCGAGUAACCGUCGCGUCGCGUCGCGUCGGUCGAGGUAGGAAGCAUUGCGACGCGCGACGACGGGACGCGACGGUUACUUCAGCCGCGCUUAGUGGAGGCCCAGCUAUUAUUAAGUAGCAGAAGAUAUUUCUUGUAACAAUCACAAACAAUAUUAGUUCUUAAGUAUCGCUUCAGUAUUAAGUAAUUAAUGGACUAAGACUCCCGCGAAGGCUAGACCUUUAUUAUUUUAUAAAAGUUUGGAUCAUGGUGGCUUUGGCAGAUAUGUAAAAACUCUUACGUCAAAGUAUAAGUGCAAUUUUUUUAUAUUUUCUUCGAAAUAGUUUUAGAAAUUACGUCAUGCAUUACCAGACACUUGUUGUGGCAACCCCUUGCUAGACACUUUUAAAGUUAACAAAUUGUUAAUGUUAUUGUAAAUAAAAAAUAUAUAUGAGUAACUCAUACAUAUUUUUUAGUCGGAACUACAUUUCCAUACUUUUCCAUUACUUAAAUAAAAAAAUUCGUGGUAAAUCGAUCUAUUAUUGUAUUUUGAAAUGCAGUAAAUGGAAUUUUUUUUAAUUAGGUAUUUAUGUUUUAUCUAGUCAUAGGAUUAUAUUCGUAAAAUUGUAAGAGGUAACAUUUUUAAAUAUCUGUAAAUCUGUAGUUAAUAUUUUAGUGAUUUAAAUUUAAAUGACAAUUAUUAUGAACCUAUGUAUUAGGAAUAGUAUUACGAAAUAAACGUUUUGAAACUGAAAACUGCCUGUAUACAAUCAGUAAAGUUAUUCUUUAUUAUAAUAAUUUUUCAACAGUAAAAUAGAUUUUGUUAUUAGGGGUCCUUAAGUCCGAAUGAAAAAACGGGACCCUUAACCCGGCUAGUAUGGGCAGUAGAUAAAAAUUAUAUCCCCCGAUUAUAUCCACUGAUGUCAUAGAAAUCAGUGGAUAUAAUCAGGGAUAUAAUUUUUAUCUACUACCCAUGCUAGUCGGGUAGGAGGAUCACUCGUGUGCCUAUCUGUGCGUAUGUCACUGCCAAUUUGCUCCAAAUCUGGACCAAACAGGGACGUAUAUAACGUAAAAAAAUUAACGUUGAAUAUGGGAGUCAUUGUGAGGGCCAAAAAAAGUUUUAAAUCUCAUUAUUGUGCGAACAAACUUAUACAUCGUACGGAACCCUUUUCAACUCGCAUUUGCCCUGUUUUUUUUUAAAUUUAAACAACGUAUUAUGCCUAUGUUUUUAAAAUCCUUUAAGUAAAUAAAACGACGAUUAAAUAAUUAGAUGUAUUUUUUAUUGCCAUUAUAACACAAGUUGGGCCCAUUUCAGCACCAAUAAUUUAUAUACUUGAAUAAAAAUACAGCAUUAAUUUCAUUUAUUUUAUAAAAAUAUAUCGUUGUUUUUUAACAUUAUAACGAUAGUUACAUGCAUAAUUUUAUUUCUACUGUACCUAUGAG